CCUCUCUUUAAACGUAAUCUGACUCAUAGCAUGACCUUGCAAUAGUUGAGGUUUGAUUUGUGGAGUUAUGGAUCCCUCCUCAACCAGCCAAACCAGCCAGUCUUGAGGAGCACCUUGUGAACUAGCCUUGUCUGUUGCUUCUCUUCUCUCCCAUCCAUCUGCCCCCUCCCUGGAGCAGGCAGUCAGGGUGGACAGAGCAGAUCUGAGCUGAGGGAGAGCCUGGAGCCUGGCCCUGCCUGGAGGAGUAGAGGGACGUAGGGAGAGCUGUGGUGAGGGAGACCCAAAGGAGCCACACCUGACCGGGCAUACAGAGUAAGCAGACCUCUACAUGCAGGAGCAUGGGGGCAUCUUAUUCAAAGAAAAACGCGUACAACAUCAACCAACAGCAGCAGUGUGUGAAAAAUGGAAAGCACCGGAAUGGCACAGCAUCGGCCUAUGCGGACCUGCAGUGGGAGCAGCAGCCCAGGCAGGAUGGGAGCCACCCACCUCAGGACUACCCUCACAGGGACCAGCCCCCAUUGGCUGGCUACAUCCCCCAGCCCGAUUACAUGGAGGGAGAUGAUGAUCUCAUCAAGCCCAAAAAGCUCCUUAAUCCAGUGAAAGCCUCCAAAAGCCACCAGGACCUCCAACGAGAGUUGCUCAUGAGCCAGAAAAGGGGUUGUGUUGUUGGUGUGGAGUCUAAGCCGGAGCUGCAGCGCGUGUUGGAGGCCAGGAAGAGGGAAAAAAUGAUCAAGCAGAGGAAGGAAGAAGAUGAGGCCAGAAAGAAGAUCUCUCCUCUGGAACAAGAGCUCCUCAAGAGGAAGGAGAAGCUAGAAGAGUUGGAGAAGGAGCAGGAAAAACAAGAGGAGGAGACAGUGAAAGCCCCAGAGUUUGUCAAGGUCAAGGAGAACUUGAGACGGACGUCCUUUCACAGUAAUGGAGAGAAAGAGGUGUAGCGACAAACCGGUCCAGGUAUACCAUUGAGUUGGAAUCUGCUGCUGGAGUUUGUGUAUUAUGCACGUGAGUGGACACAGAACUGCUGUGAUGUGUUGCUCUGACUGCACAACUCAAGACCAUAGCAAGGAACUUCUACCUGUUACAAGGACUAGUCGACAAGCCAUGACACAAUGCCUUCACUAUCCUACUCAGAGCAGAAACACAGAGAGAGAGAGAGACAGAGAAGGAAGGUUGACUCUGCAUUGGGCUACUGUUACAGUCAGUAACAUAGGCCAAACUACAGCUGUGACAUCUCAAUCCAGAGUAACUGACAUGAUAGUGUGAGGGUCAAAGAGGGGUGCAGCUAUUCACUAGUGGACGUACUGUUCCGUACUGCAAGGACUCUAGAAAUGAAGCCAAGGUGGGUGUUCUUCGCCAAUGUGUCACAGCAGUGGUUACUUUUCAUCUUAAGCUGUGUAUUUCCAAGAGUCAUUCUCUAGGAUACAGUAUAAGAAGCACAAUGUACCGGUACAUACAAUCAAUCCAGAUUGUUAACAGGAAACAAUCCAAUUUGCCUAAUGGCACAUUCAUAAUCUACUCAUGCAAUUUAAGGUCACGUAUCUCAAUGUGAAAUCUCUCACUGAGAAAGUUCCUAUCUCUAACAGUGCCUUCCUAGUUCUAGCUGCAUGUCAUCCUAAUCAAAAAGUUCAAACCAAGGAACGCAUCAUUAUGAAACUGUAUACUAUGAAUAAUUUAAUGUAAUCUGAGGCAUCAUAUAGAGUAUUUGUACAGUAAGUGUGAGUACAUGUUGCAGAGACACAAGAGGCACAGAUAUUUAUAUUAUCUCCAACCCUAUCUAACCUUUUUUUUUCAUAACAUUUACAUGUUUUGGAAAGUGAAAUUUACGUUUUGUGCUGAAGGUGUGAGACCAGGUAGAUAUUCUCACAUUUGUAAUUGUUUCACAGCUCUUUUUAAAUAGUAUUAUGUAGCGAUACACAAUUAAAUGCAAUCAGUUGAAUAAUUUUAUUUAAAUAAGGCACUUUAGAAAUUGAAAAUAUGUAUCUGAAUAUGAUUUAUAGUGAUCAAUUAUGAAUUAGUCAUUUUUUAAAUACUGUCUUUUUUAAAUCCAAUGAUUAAGUUUUAAUAUGUUUUUAUCCAGAUUGCGUAUAGAUGACCAUUUGUAUUUUGGUGUUUUUUUGCACCACAUAUUGUUCUCUGCCUUUACUGACUCCUGAAGCCACUCAUGAUGUUUAAUGGUAUAAAACUGUAUAUGUUAUAAACAUGAAGACAUUACUUCUCAUUUAUUUUUCAAUCUUUUCAUUGCAUAAAAGCAUGACCAUAUUAAUGUACGAUUAUUUCAAUAGCUUUUAAAAUAGGACUUUUGAUUGUUAUUAUCUGACAAGGGAGGUACAAACACCUGAAGUAAGAUUGCUUUUCUUUCUAAGAAAAUAAAUAAAGGACUAACACUGCA